CAGGCUGCUUGAAGAAUAAACAGUGCGCAGAGUCAUAACCACUGAUUGAUAGAGAGGAAGAAAAGAGAAGACCAGAAAAGCAACUGCAUGCAAGAUUACAAAGGUGUAAGAAUUCUCCAGGCUGUGUGAAAUAUUACUGGCUGAGGGUAGGGCAGAGAUGUUCUGGAAAAAAACAAGCAACACAAUUUCCACCGGCAGUGACAACAAGAGCGAGCUCUCUUCAAACAGCUGGCUGUAAACCUUCAACCCAGCACAGUAGUUCUUGCCUUCAUACAGGUCAUUUGUGAAUAUGGCCAGCUGGAUCAGUGAUGACAGGUUCACGGCAAACAGAAAUGACUGGGAAUGGGACUCUGAUUUGAGUUCUCAGGAAGUCAGGAACCCUUUCAGAUCUUCAAACCCCAUUUUGCUGUCUGAGUUUAACUUGUGGGAAAAGUCUCUCUUUAAAUCUCGGUCCUCAGCUUUGAGUUGUGUACGUGUGUCUCAAUCAGAUCACAGCUCCAAAAUCAGCACCAGCUCCAUUGGCGGUCAGUGUGGGAUGAAACACAGUGAAACAGCUGCCAGGCAAAGAUGGCAAUCUGCCUCACGUCGUGCUCCAGACGGGGCCCCCAGAUCCCAUUCUGAGUUUGAGAUACGAAAUGCCCUAGAAGAGAGCAGCAUGAGGAGGACCGAGCUCAUCCAGAGGCUCCGGGAGGUUCACAGCCGUCUGGACACACAAACAGACCUGCUGAAAGCCAAGGAGAGCCAGCUUCAGCACAGCCAGAGCACUACCCAGCUUCUGGAGCUUAAGCAUAAGCAGCUGGCAAAGGCACUGAGUGUUGUUGAGGAGCAGAAAGAAGCAGCUGAGUUAAGUCGCUUUGAGGAGAGCUGUCGCAGCACAGACCUGCAAGACAAGGUGCUGCAGCUAGAGAUGGACAUUUUGAAGAUGAAAUGUAGCCUUGAGAGCACUGCUCAAAUCUCAGCAUCACAUUCAAAGCCACACCUUGGCAAGACCAUGCCUGUAACAAAAGAUGAAUUUGUAAGAGAGAAAAAGGCUGAGAGGGAAAUGAAGAAACUCGAAGAAGCCCUUGGGGAGGCAGAGGAGAGAGCCGCAAGCAUAGGGGCUGAAAAGGACCAUGCAUUAAAACAACUCCGAAACCAUAAAGAGGAUCAGCAGACGGUAUUGAGCCAGAUGGAAGAGCUGAAGCAGAGGUUUAGCAUGUCCUUGGCCAUCCAGAGUGAGUUGCAGGACCAGCUCAGCGAGACCCGCAGUCGCCUUGGCCAACUGGAACUGGAAAAUGAACUGCUUACCACCAAAACACUGCGAUUGGAAGACAACAUAGAGGACCUGAAGUCAAAGCUAUCCAACGCUUUAGCUGAGAAAGAUCGCCUGGUGCAGGAGAAAGCUGAACUGUACCAAAGAGUGCAAAGUUUGGAACUAGAGCUGCAAAGAUCCCAGCUGGGCAGAGAGGGCUUUACUCAGCAGGUGUGUGAUCUCCACUCCGAGCUGACUCAGACCAAGAGCCAGGCCAGCCAACAACAGCAGAGUGCCUUAUUAAUGAAAGAGGAACUGCAAUCCGUCAGAGAGGCGAAUGAGAAACUGUCAGCAGAUUUGGCCACAGCCACAGAGAGGCUUCAGGAGACUCUACAGCAUCUACAUGAACUGGAAGCAGAAAAGCUGAUCCAAACCAAUCAGAUAGCUGCGCUGGAGACUGAGCGUUUGCAGCUGAUUGGAGAGAAAGAGGAGCUGAUGGACGUGUUUGACCAGGGAGAUCAGAAAGAGCUAAGAGAUCUGAGGGAGAGAUGCUGCCAGCUCAGAGAAUUACAGGAAAUGUUGGAGUAUGAGAAGAAGGAACUUGAGGCACAUUGCCAGGGCCUGGAAAAGAAAGUACAGAAUGUUGAGGCAGAAUAUGGGCUUAAAGAACAAGAGCUGAAGCUCAUGGAGGAGAAGAUGGAGCAAGAGAAGGAGGAGCUAAAGAGAGUGGCAGCUCAUUGGAAUGAGCGAUGGCUGGAUGUUGCGAUGGAAUUGCAGGCUACGCAGGCCCAACUAGAAGAGACCAAGAAGCAACAGCAAGAGACUGAUGCACCGAGGGAAGAGGCAGCAGAAAUGGCAAUCAAGCUGGAGACACUUGAGUCAGAGAUGAAAGACAGGCAGAAUCUGAUCCAGAGAUUGCUAGAAGAGAAGACACACUAUGAGAAAGAGCUGACCAGAGUUAAGAAAGAAGCCGGGGCUUUGGAGCGGGUGGAGCUUGAUGCCUGCAGACAACAGCUGGAACUGGAGAGGAACAGAAGCCAAACUCUGCAGCAGAGACUUAUGGGAAACCCUGUGUCUCUGGAGGAGAUGGAUGGAGAGCUGGUGCAGCUGAAGGCUGAACUGCAGAAGGUGUGGGAGAUGCUGAAGAACCGUGACACUGAGCUGGAGGAGCAGCAACAUGAGCUGCAGUCUGCUCGUGGAAAGGUGACUCAGCAGAACAGCGAGGUACAGAGACUGGAGCAACAACUGGCUAAGAGAGAUCAGGAAUUGAAACAAAGAGAUCUUUUCCUAACGGAUUUGAUGACACAGAGAGACACAGAGAAAACUGAGGCCCAAAUCAAGAUAACGGCUCUUGAAGAUGAGCUUGCUGGACUAAAAGAUCUGAAAACCAUCCAGAAGAUGAGCACUCAACAUGACUCUCAGCCCAUAGACUCCCUGUUGGAAGAGAGCAAUAGGACAACUGAGCAACUAAAGCAGGAAAAAGAACAGGAUCUGCUCAAAGUGCAUAGUGUAAAACCUCCCCAGCAGGGAAAAGGGGAGAGGCGAUCACCAUUAAUGAAGAGAAAAGAGACAGCAGUAAGGUCUGAUAUCAUAGAUCCUGACCAACAGAGGAGACUUAUCACUGAGCAGCUGAAAAGUCUGUUUAAAGGGAGGGAACAGAUGGGUGAUAUGGCACCUCCCAUGAUCCAGAGAAGAACUGGCUCAGUACUGGAUUGUGGCUCAAAGUCACCUAAAGUUAUCAAGAAUACCGUGGACACAGUAAGAAGUGAGGUGAAGAGGCAACAGAAAUGUGGACUUGAUUCAGGUGUUCAUGAGAAGACAGGAGAACCCACUGUAGAACAAGUCGCUCCCGAGAAAGAACCGCAGCAUCUCAACUGCAGCACUAAUCAAUAAAACUAAAAUGUCCACAGCAGAUCUGGGAGUUCCAGCAAAGUCUAGCAUGGAUAUAGCACAAACCUGUGUGCUAUUUAAUUAACAAAGAGGAGGCCCUGAAAAUGAGACCACCCCUGUUGUGUGUGGAUGGAAUAUUCCUAGCCUGGCAGGUUGGGGGGUGUGACUCGGAGCUGGAGGAGGAUGAGGAAUAUACUCAGGGUGUGCAGGAGGGCACUGACUUGUACUUGACUGAAUAAGUGUGUAGGUGGAACAGGGCCUCAUUAUUUUAAAUAUCACAAUUUUAUUACGUGUUGAAUGUUAAGGUUCUAGGUACAUUAUUGUAUAGUGAAAUAAUUUUUGAGAAACCCUCCAGCAAAUUCUUUUCUCAGAGAGACAGGAGGUUUGCUGAAUAUUCAAAUUAUUGUAAUGAAAAUCUGAUACAAACAGAAAAAUCAGUGUCUGGUUCAUCUGACGUAUUUAUGGGAUACAUGAGAUUAUAUACCCUAAAUGGCACAAUUACUGAAACAAAAAUUUAUUUCAGACAUUAAGUUAUUAAGGCAGAUCUAGAACCCUAGAAUACAUGGUUAGAU